GUGAAAACUGAAUUGUUUUGCCUCAAAUUACUUGUUAAAAAAGUCAGAUCAAAUUCGUUUUCUUCUCCACGCAAUACGAACGAGGGUAUAGGGUUUCUCUCUGCUUCCGACGCUCCUCUCCUCCUCAUGUGUUAGUGCUCCAUUUAUCAAGCUGGAGUAAACAUUAUCAACUGUUCUAAUAUUAAUUUGAGAGCUCAAAUCUGGUUUGAUCCGUUUUUUUUUUCUCUUUCAUUUAUUUCUUUUUUGAAGAGAAAGAUUAAGGGUGACAUACAAGACUCAGGUUUACUAAGUGAGCAGCUUUUGGGCCUUCUCACCAGGAAACAUCGCAUCGGUGAAAAAGUUAGCAGGAUAGAAUAAUGGUGCUAUGGGAGAUCACAUUGGGGACGGCCUAUUUUCUGGGUUUGAAGCGUACAUAUAGAUUGGCUCUCAGGAUUCAAAGACGCAUCAUUAGUUCUAAGCAUCCAAAGAUCCGUCAAUUUGUUCAGAGACGAACCCGUGCUGUAUUUGAUGUGGCCCUCAAGGUUCACCACAAUGUACAACAACGAGACAUAGAAGUGGGCCGAAAUCUUGGGAAUUGGAUUUUACGGUGUCUUGAUCGGAUGAAACCAUCAGCUCAGAUCCGUGGUCCCCUUGAAAAAUCCUCCUCAAGUGGAAACUCAAGCAUGACCAUGACAAAACAGGCAACAAACUCAAAGUCAAACCAUGUCAAAACUCCAGGGAACAACCAAACAUCCAGAAAUCAAGAAUCUGAACGACAUCUGUUUUCCUCGUACAAAAAUGUGUGGUCCAAACCCUUUGCAAGUAUUACACAGAUGCGAGUCACAAACCCUGUUGGUACUAUGACCCAGUACCGGAACUUGUGUGUCAAAGGCACUGAAGGAUUAAGAUCAAACUACCUCGAAGGUAGGUUUGAGGGAGUUAUUCGGAAGGAUAUUAUGCAAUGGAUGCAUCAAAAUUGAAUGUGAAAGAUAAUAAUAUGCGUUCUGCUUCGAGCCAUAAUAAGUUGAGGCGUACCCUUGUAUACAGUGCGGUGGAGCUGUGAAGCUGAUUGGUGAGACUUUUUGCUGUUUUAUAGGCAAUUCUUUGUUUCACAGAGAUUGAUACGUCUCUUGUUUUCUUAUAUUUCUUAAAGAAAGGUUUUGGAGAAGUUUUCUUUUUGUUAAUGAUAAGAAAGAGAGAUUUUUUAACCAAUAAAGGUCCUGCAGCUUUAGAAAUCAAGGGGUGUCUCAGAGAAGAAAGGGGCAUUUGUAAUCGGCAUAUUUCUAAUUUCUUUUUUGCCAUUUUUCUUCCCUGGUAAACUCUACUAAUUAUCUGAACUUUAGCCUGGUUUCAUUUAUUUUACCAUAUAAUUUUACUAGGCUAGUUCCAUGUCUCUACGCUUGCUAUUGAGUUGAUAGUUUGCAUUUACUGUAAGUCAAAUUUUGUCAACUUCUUAAAGUCAUUUUAUUAUUCUAUAUGAUGGAUUGUCACUAUUAUCA